CGCCUUCAUCUGUCUAGUCUACUUUUACUCUCUUGCUGUUCGAAAGUCGUUCGUUCAUUCGACACCUCUUGCAAUCAUGUUCUUCUCCCUCGCUUCUCUUGCUGUUCUCCUGCCGGCCGUCCUGGGCCAGAUCGUCGACGUACCUCUGGAAAUCGAGUCUAUCGAGGCGCUCUUCACAAGCGCCCAGCUCGUUCCUGAGCUGCUCCCUACAUUUACACCUACUUGGGGCCUACACUUCUCUUUUGACAACAGCACCGACAACAGCGCUGGACAGUCUCUGACCGUUGCUCAGGUCGCAACCCCUCCCACUCUCCAUCUCUACACUACGAACACCACAACCGCGUCACCCUUUUACACGCUCAUGAUGGUUGAUGCCGACGUGAUUGGGACGGACGAGUCUGUAGGACAGACGCGUCACUGGCUUGUGAACGACGUUUCUGUGUCUGGCACCGGCGAAACGCUCGCCGUCAACAUUGCUAAUGCUACGGCUAUCACGGAUUAUGCUGGUCCUUUCCCUGCCGCAGGCAGCGGACCUCACCGCUACUGUCUAUUCCUUUACGCGCAGCCCUCGACCUUCCAGGCGCCCAGCGACCUCAGCACCCCCGGUACCCCGCUUGCCAACAACUGGGAUUUCGCAGGCUACGUGAACUCGACCGGCCUCGGCCCCCUCGUAGCAGGCACGUUCUACAUCGUGGAGCAAGGCACCGCGACCGCAUCCAUCCCCGCUAUCCCGACUGUCGUCUCCUCCACCCUCUCCCUCGCUAAGGCGAGCGCAGCUAGCGCGGCCGGCAUGGGCACCCAGACGGGCUCUGCUGCUUCCCCCUCUGGAUCCUCGGGCUCUGGUUCGGGAAGCCACAGCGGCGCGAUGAGCAACGCUGUUAGCGCUGUUGGCGUCAUGGCGGUCGCUGGCCUGCUCGGGGCGAUGCUUUUGUAAAAAGCUCGGAAUGUGGAUGGUGCAUAUGGACUGUCAGAUUGAAUGGACUAUGGUUUUGAGCCCAAUGACUGCUGUAUACCUGCUACACUAGCAUUUACUUUCCUGUAAACGUCAAUCGUUUGCAAUGCACAUGUUUCGGAAUGA